AUGGAGGGCCUGGACAGCCCGCUCCUUGAGCCGCAGCACGGGGCGUCCCAGUUGGCCCUGAUCCUGAACUUGAUCAAUGCCACUCUGGGCUGUGGCAUCCUCAGUCUUCCCUGGGCGACUGCGGGCGCAUCUCUCGUGCCUGCAGCCAUGCUCACCCUGGUAGUGUUGGCAGCGAACGUCGGGACCAACCUUAUCUUGGUGUAUGCGGCGGAGAAAGAGCAGGUCUUCGAUCUCGGCGGGCUGCUCGGGCGCCUCCCUCAUGCUGGCCGAUCUGCCCGCGCUCUGUGCGAAGCGAUGAUCUGGAUCACGGUCUUCAUGUGCCUGGUCGGGUACCUGGUGGUCAUCGCCGACAGUCUCCAACGCCUCCUGCCCUUAGAGCGUUACCUCGCAGUCUUCGCAGGUGCUACGGUCGUUCUGCCUCUCUGCUUCAUGGAUCAACAGCACCUUGCCUUCUCAUCCACUCUUAGCAUCGCCGCGAACCUUUACGUGUGCUGCGUGUUGGUGGCAGCCUUUUCCCUGGGCUGGAGGGGAGACCCCGGGAAGUUCGAGGAUGUGGAGGAUUGCUGCUUGCUGGGAUUUGGGCGAGGAGAUUUGGCUAUGGUGAGCGUUCUCAUGCAAGCUGCCGUAGUGCAGAUGUGUAUAUUGCCAAUGUACGAGCAGAUGGAUCGCAGAAGCCCACGCAGGUUCGCGGCAUGCCUGGGCAUUAGCUUUGGCUUUGUGGCUUUGCUUUUCAUUGGCUUCUCUGGUAUUGCCUACAUUGCUAUCGGUCCCAAAGUCUCUUCCAACGUCCUCCUCGACUUGCCACACGGGCCGUUCGGAAGCUUUGCUCGGGUGGUCAUGGCUUUUGCUGUGAUCGGGGUGUAUCCGAUUCUGACCUCGUCUAUGGUGGCACCCAUUCGGCACCAACAGUCUGGCCCAUGGCAGUCCGCCACUGUGGGCAUCGUCGCCUGCAGCGCGGUGGUGGCCUGUGUCACGACGGACCUGGGUGAGGUGAAUGUGAUCAGCGGGGCCUGCCAAGCCGCAGUGUUUGUGGCCUUGGCACCUGCCUUGGUGGGCUUAUGCUUGCUGGAGCAGUCCAGCAGGCUAUGGAGAUUCUCUAUGGCAUUGCUGAUCUGCGUCGGGUUUAUGGUGUGCAUUGCCGGUCUUGUGUUCAAGGAUAACUAUGUACCUGAGAUGGAGGCCAGCUGCCUGUGGCCGGCAAUGUGCUUGGCAUCGCCCAGUGAGUACUGGGCCUUAGCUUCUCCGGCCGUGCGGAAGGCACGAGCUCUGCAAGGCCUUGAAGCUGGCAAGGCCUUGGGAGGGCGCAGGCUUAGCAGCGAGAACAACUCUGAAGCUGGGAGCUGGGCACCUGUGUGGUGUGGACAGGAGAAGUACAAUGGUGCCGCAGGGCAGAUGUGGUACGCCAAUCCCUUCACCACGGCCUGCAGCCGAGCCUCCAUGGACCUCGUGUAUGUCGAUGGAGGCCGAGCGCGGGUGGCCAAGAAGGGCGAUUUCAUCAAGAUGACCUGCGACAAUUGGGAGUGCCCCAUCCCACCGGUCGUGGAUUGCUACUUCGAUCGCAAUGCCUGCCAAGCGGAUGAAUGGUGCAUGGUCAUCACGCAUGAGAAGUGGGGUGCUUGGGCCAUGGGCAAGAAGGGGCACACUCCCAACUUCGAGCUGUGCGGCGAACAGUACUAUGCGGAAAUCGAAGCGAUUGCGUCCCAGGGCGAUGUCCGCAACGUGACCGUGGAAGCCCUGAAGUUGAGCCGGGACAGGAUUUGUGGCAGCUCGACGGUGGGGAUGGCCAACGGCAUCCAGCUUGAGGGCUACGGCUACUCUGAGACCCAGCUCUGGAAGCCCUCUCACGGUCGCUGUGUCAAGUAUCGCCAGGAAGGUCAGAGCUGCAUCCCCACCCUGGCUACGCAUGGACGCUUUGCCAACGCCUUCGUGCGGCGAGCCCAGACCGGGGCAUCGUACCCCAACGGGGGCACCAUGGAACGGCCGCUUGCCUGUGCACCCGGUUUGGUUUGCACGGGGCCGGACUUUGAUGUGUUGCCCUCCACCUGUGUCAAAGAGCGGCCCCGAGACGUGUGCUAUGCUGGACCCUGGUGGGACAGCUCCCGCUGCCCACGCACCUCCAUGCAAAGAUCGGGCCUGAGCACAGAGUGGGCGCUAGAGUCGCUACAGACCGCCUUCCUGGUUUUCCCCGGUGAAGUCGCCUCCGCGAUGCACUGCAAGUACUGGACGGGUCCUAUGGCCACCUUCACUGCCGAAGUCAGGAAGGUGACACACAACAUCUUCAGGGCUCUGUGGCCUUCGCAUCUGGUUGGCGACUGCCCGACGCUGGAGGAACUUUAUGCCAGCAUGUGGCGCCAGACCGGUGUCGACUUGACAGCCUUGAGUCCGGAGGAGUGCGAGGCUGGCGAGGGCCGGGAUGGCCGCAUUGCAGAGGCACUGGCUCUCGUGGGGUCCUGGACUCAUCGGCCGAACCUGUUGUGGAGCCUCAUCCACUUUUCCAUGCACAAUCAGCCCUCCCCGAUGUCCAGGAAUGCCGUGGCAGCCUCGACGGCCUUGGCAAGCCACCUGUCGGAAAAUUUUUGGUGUAACGACUGCCGUGGCUUCUUCACGGUUGGCGUCCUAUCGGUCGUCGGCCUGCCACCUCAGAAUCCGGAUGGAGAAGAGCAUGCGAGGUACUGGAACCUUGGCCACAACAUCGCUUCCGAGCACGUUGCGACCACCCGCGGUGGCCACCCCUGGAUCAACACACUGGAGGAGGCACAGGAUGCCGACGUCGGGAACCCCUUUUUCGUCCCCUACGAGGCUUCUGUGAAGAUGUGGCAUGUGGAGGCCUGA